AUGGCGAUUGAUCAACGUUCAUUAAUUGUUAAUUUGCAUGAUGUAAAAGCAUUAAAGUUUGGCUCAUUUAAAUUGAAAUCCGGCGAAUUAUCAAAAUAUUACCUGGACCUAAGAGUGAUCGUAUCGUACCCGUACUUGCUUAAAGAAAUUUGUUCGCUAGUUACCGCAGCCAUUCUUGAAGAUUCCUCCGAUUUUUCUAAAAAUCAAGUACGAUUAUGUGGUGUACCUUAUACUGCUUUGCCUAUAGCCACUGGCGUGUCUUUAGAUACAAAUUUACCCAUGUUGAUCCGCAGAAAAGAACAAAAAAAAUAUGGUACUAAAAAAUUAAUUGAUGGUGAAUAUUGUUGUGGUGAUAAUGUAAUUGUUAUUGAAGAUGUCAUCACAAGUGGAGACAGUAUCUUAGAAACAGUUGUGGAUUUAGAGACUAGCAAUUUAAAUGUAGAAAAUGUAAUUGUUCUAGUGGAUAGACAACAAGGAGGAGUACAGCGUUUAAUUAAACGAGGACUUAAAAUCAAAAGUCUUUUUAACAUUACCGAAAUUGUGACAAUACUAAAAGAAGAAGCAAAAAUAAGCAAGGAAGAAUAUCAAGAUGUUAUUGAUUAUGUUGAAAAUAAUCAAGUUGAACGAGUGACAAUUUGUAGAAAAAAUCCAUCAAGAACAAAAAUGGGAUUUAAUGAAAGAUCAGAAUUAUUGGAAACCUCCAAAAUAACUCAGAAAAUCUUUAAAUUAACUUUAGAAAAGAAAAGCAACUUAUGUGUUGCUGUUGAUGUUGAUACCGCUGACAAACUUUUAGAUAUUACUGAAAAAGUAGGACCCUACAUUUGCAUUUUAAAAACUCAUAUUGAUGCUAUUAGUGGUGUCACAGAAGCUACUCUAAAUAGUUUAAAACUAAUGGCAAAGCAAUACAAUUUCCUUAUAAUGGAGGAUAGAAAAAUGGCAGAUAUUGGUAACACAGUAAAACUACAAUAUAAUAAAAUAGUGAAAUGGGCAGAUCUAGUGACGGUACACAGUAUUUCUGGUGGAAUGAUGUUAAAGGGCCUACAAGAAGUAAUCAAUGAAGAUAAAGAUUUAUUAGGUAAUCGAGGUGUAUUUAUCAUUGCAGAAUUAAGUUGUGAUGGAAAUUUAAUAUCACAACAAUAUAUUAAAGAAACUGUUAAGAUAUCUGAAGAAUAUAAAGAUAUUGUUGUUGGUUUGGUAUGCCAAUCAGAUGAUGUAAUUCCAUCACCAAGCUUAAUUCAACUUACACCUGGUGUGAAUAUGAAAAAUUCUGAAGAUUCACUUGGUCAAAAAUAUCAAAAUCCUAGCGAUGUUAUUUUAACCAAAGGUGCUGAUAUUGCUGUCGUUGGUAGAGGCAUUGUUCAAGAUGACAAUCCUGCUGAGGCUGCUAAAUUAUACAAAGAAUGGUUAUGGAAUACAUAUAUAGAACGUGUUUCAAAUUCAUAAAAUGAAAAAUAUCAAAUAUCUGUGUAACUUAUACUUUAAGUUAUAAAUUGAUAAAUACUUUGAAUUUUGUGUAAUAUCACACAUUCCAUUUUAUUUUAGAACACUUUUAAUGUAUUUUUUUGUAAAUGUAUUCAACAAAUUUUGUUACCCAAUAGUUAUACGAUAGGUUUUGUGCUUUUCAUUGUU